ACUUCAGUGGCGAGAAGCUCCUCCGUCAGUAACGUUUUGCUGGACGAAGAUCGUCAUUUAAGGAUUUAAAUGGGGAAUUAACAACGGAAAUCCUCCGGGGUUAUCGUAUUAGAAAAGAGCUGUAGGAAUAGCAAUGCUAGCGACCGUCUCCAUACUGGAAAAAAAACAAAAUUUGUUGGGGAAAAUACCACUCGUGCUCGAAGUUUGCGUUUCUCUGACGCGGAAGCUAACUGGCUAACGUGAUUAGCUUGGGGUAAGAAAAGUGUUUGGACGAUUUGUCAACAUAACAACGAGGGACACUAAGGAACAAGCAACCUCUUUAAGAUGUCCUUGUUUUCUAGCCGAACGUUUUGAAAGAAAACUGAGUCGCUAGGUAAACUAUCAAAGUCUUUGGCCCACGAUUUGUGACGUUUUUUGUAAUCCCUUUUAACGCAACAACUUGAAGCUGACCACUUGGCUUGCAGCACCUAAACCCGCAGCCCAUCCUCCCUGCUGGGCUACAGUUUGUAAUGGGGCCGCUUUUGAGUUAGGACGCUUGGAAGCAGAGUGCAUCCCCGCUAACCAUGGGAGGAUGUGUGGGCAGAUACUGGGAACGAUGGGAUGACACACAGAGCAGAGGCUCAUCCAGGAACGGUGGCCGGGGAGGUCGUAAUGAGCCACUAAAGAAAGAUCGACCCAAGUGGAAGAGCGACUAUCCGAUGACCGACGGACAGCUGCGGAGCAAGCGUGACGAGUUUUGGGACACGGCGCCCGCAUUUGAUGGCCGCAAGGAGAUCUGGGAUGCCCUGAAAGCUGCCACAGUGGCUCUGGAGUGUAACGACCACGAGCUGGCCCAAGCCAUCGUAGACGGAGCCAGUAUCACCCUACCGCAUGGUACUCUGACGGAGUGUUACGACGAACUCGGGAAUCGCUAUCAGCUGCCCGUCUACUGCCUCGCUCCGCCUGUCAACCUCAUUUCAGAGCGCAGCGACGACGAUCAUAGCGACAGCCCCCAACUUCCUGUGGCCCCUAAGAAGGAAUUUCAGAUGAAGGUGCGCCUGUCCACAGGAAAGGACCUACGUCUGAGCGCCAGCAUGAUGGACAGUAUUGGUCAGCUGAAGAAGCAGCUGCACGCCCAGGAGGACAUCGAGGCCGCCCACCAGCGCUGGUUCUUCUCAGGCAAACUCCUCACGGACAAGACGCGACUGCAAGACACCAAGAUCCAGAAGGACUUCGUCAUUCAGGUAAUUAUCAACCCUCAGGCAGUCCCCAAGAUGUCACCUACAACCACCAUCACCACCACCCCUGAAUCCGAAUAGCUGAGGUCAGAACUAAAGGACCUAAAGCAGUGUGGAGCAUUUUAUUCUUCAAAAUGGAUGAAGCCACCACUACACAUGCAAAGCCUCUGCCUUUGCCCUUUUCGCUUAACUAAUGCUUGCCAGGUGCCCAUGGGUAGAAUGUGAGGAGGUGUUUGCCUGCGCAUCAAUGGACUUUUUAAAGACACCGGGAUCCUGCUUUUUUUCCGAGGGGAAGACAGAAAGCAGGAUAGCAAUCUCUCCAACAUUUUCUUAUAUUGUGGAAAUUAUGUUAAUGAAGCGUUUUGCACAUUUUAAGAAACUCUCGUAGGAGUUUGUGUGCCUUCGACAAGACAAAACAAAAAGGGUUCAUGUCCUCAUGGAUAGUUUAAUCGCUAGCCCUUUUAAAAACUGAGAUAAAUCCAAGCUAAGCUGCCUUUUUUAACGAUCAUGUUUAUGUGUGCCUGUGUGUGCGUGCAUGCACAGGAAUAUAUCAUCCUCACUUUAUUACAUAGCUUCUUCAGGAACUGCACUAGCUUCUUCAGGAAAUUAAGAAUUCCUAUCCAAAUAGGAUGCAUGUCUGCUUCUGAUGCUACCAAGGGCUUUCUUUUCUUCGAGCUGUUUUUCCUCCCAAUCCAAAGAAUAUCAGUCCAAUAACCAGUUGCCCUUGUGGCCCAGUACGAACAGUCUCUAUUGUUUGUCCUUGACUAGGCUACAGCCUUCUUUAUUAGUGGGAAUCUUUGGACUGAACUAGGGAUGGGCAUUUGACUCAGUCCCUGCAACCGACUAGGAAAAUUAAUCAUCAAAUAUUUGUUUUUUCUUUUUUUUUUGUCUUUUAAUGGGAUUGAAGCCUAUUUUGUACAACUACAACCCCAAUUCCAAUGAAGUUGGGACGUUGUGUUAAACAUAAAUAAAAACAGAAUACAAUUAUUUGCAAAUCAUGUUCAACCUAUAUUUAAUUGAAUACACUACAAAGACAAGAUAUUUAAUGUUCAAACUGAUAAACUAUUGUUUUUAGCAAAUAAUCAUGAACUUAGAAUUUUAUGGCUAUCACAUGUUCCAAAAAAGCUGGGACAGGUGGCAACAAAUAAUUGUUAAUUGUUUGCCUGUUUGCCCACUCAAAAUGGUCAUAUUUAGUGGGGAGGUCAUAUAUAUGACCUUUCAAAAGGUUUUUAUUGAAGUCUUAAUUUAGGAUUCCAUCCUUUUUCUAUACUGCGUGUCCUCAAAUAGGGUUGCGGGUGAGCUAGAGCCUAAACCCAGUUGACUUGACCUAGUCUGGUCGCCAGCCAGUCUCAGUAAGUAGGGAUUCCAGGAGAGUUCGUAGUCUGUCAACUAACCACAGCGGCCAUCUUAUUGAUAUGCGCUCCAUUUUGACUCAGUGACUUCAACACGCAAUCAGUCAAUCAGCUCCGCGCAGUCCCUUUUUAUGCCCGUCCCUAGAGCAAACCAAUGGUCCUCCAUUGAUUUCGAUGGGACUCUCAACUCAUCCUCAACAUGCGGAAAAGCUGUUCAAAAGCACAGGACCACACAAGAGUAGCAACUCUAGAAACAUUUUUUUUGGAUUGCACAGUGGUUUCCCUUCACUGCUAACAGUAUGAUCUCUUACAUACUGUACCACUGCACAUCAUGUUAGUUUUGUCUAGAUGGCAAACUGUCCCGUUUGCUGGAGCAAAGGAAAAAAAAGAGAAAAUGCAGUGAACAACUUUAUAGCUAUUAAAUAGCCAUCAGGUAAUUUUUUUCAAGCUGGAAAAAAACCCUGUAGCAAAAGUACAACUACACUUGAACUUAAAUCAGAGUCAGUGCAAUGCAGUGACUCCUCCUCUUUUGUCUCAUGACUUGCCUUUUACACAGUGUGCUGCUGGUCGCUGCCGUACUUGAUUUAUGCUGUUAAUUAUGUCGAUAUUGCAUCUUAAAACAGGCAACAUCAUUGGAUUGCAAUGCCUCGUUUUUAAAUCCACUCUUGCAUUUAUUCUUUAAAACAGUACAAUCAUGGAAAUACAUUUUAACCACACCUCACUGUAGCAAGACUUUACUUCCUUUCCUAUUCAGCUUUGCAACCUUUUAGCCAGUGCUUCUUGCUGUGUGUAGGUUUCUUAUUCAUGUUAUGCAAACUUGAAAAAGCAUUUUCUCUGUAUGUGCAAUAAACUAUAGACAUAGGCCUCGAUGACCGUGGACUUGAUAGAGCACCAGCUCUGUGUACGAGAGUACAGGAACAGGCACAACACUUCUAUGUAUGAAUCAGCACCCGCCUGUGUCAACUGUUUGUUCACCUUUGACAUCUUGUAUUCCAAGCUGUCGCUCAGACCUCUCACCUGGGAGCUCAUCUUUUUACAACAUUAAAUAUAAGAAUGAUUA